GUCGGAGUCGGUGAGUUCCUCUCGCGCUCUCGUCUUCAAACCUUCGAUCCGCUGGAUUCCGUCUGUUGUUCGGUGAUAAUCUGGACCGACUGUGACCGUGUGUCUGCGCGGGUGUGUGUCCUCGGUGUGUGACGCUGGAAGUUUGUAGGUGACCACCGGUACAAGACCAAACAUGCAGAACGACGCUGGAGAAUUCGUGGACUUGUACGUCCCCCGCAAAUGCUCUGCUAGCAACAGAAUAAUUGGAGCCAAGGACCAUGCCUCCAUCCAGAUGAACAUUGCUGAGGUCGACAAGGUGACUGGUCGUUUCAACGGUCAGUUCAAGACCUACGCCAUCUGUGGCGCCAUCCGCAGAAUGGGUGAGUCUGAUGACUCCAUCCUGAGGCUGGCGAGGGACGACACCAUUGUCGCAAAGUAAGUGCAGAUAUUUACCUGGAGAAGAUUCAAGUGUGUGUGUG